AUGCCUCCACCACCAUUCCCAUUCAUAAUUGAUGCACAAGCUUUAUCUGGUAUAACAGGAUCAAUAUCAAUAUCAUGUUGGAUUAUAGUUUUUGCUCCACAAAUAUAUGAAAAUUUUCAAAGAAAAUCAAGUGAUGGACUAAGUUUAACAUUUAUCAUAUUAUGGUUAUUAGGUGAUAUUUUUAAUGUACUUGGUGCAAUAAUACAGGGUUUAUUACCUACUAUGAUCAUUUUAGCUAUUUAUUAUACAUUUGCGGAUAUAAUUUUACUUUAUCAAUGUUUAAUUUAUAAAAAUGGACCAAAAGAAGAAAUUAAAUAUGAACAUUUAUCACCUGCAAACCCAUUAAAUGAAGAAAAUACAUUAGAAGUAAGAGAUAAUAAUUCAUCAAUUUUAAUAAAUUCACUCAUGGUAUUUCUUGUUAUAUUAUCUGGAAUUAUUGGAUAUGCAAUUACUGGAAAAGAUGAAAAUAAAGGAAAUGAAUUGAUAUUGGAUCCUUUGGCUCAAUUUUUUGGUUGGUUAUGUGCUCUAUUAUAUUUAGGCUCCAGAAUUCCUCAAAUUAUAUUAAAUUUUAAAAGAAAAAGUUGUGAAGGUAUUAGUUUUAUGUUUUUCCUUUUUGCCUGUUUGGGUAAUUUGACUUAUGUUAUAAGUAUAUUGAGUAUUGAUAUGAGUUAUAGUUAUUUGUUAGUUAAUCUGUCUUGGCUUGCAGGAAGUUUAGGUACUUUGGGUUUAGAUUUCACUAUAUUUUUACAAUUUUUUAUGUAUAAUAAAGAUGAUAUUUAUUGUGAUUCAAUAUGUGAUACAGAAAGUGAUAUUGAGAGUGUAAAUAAUAGAGAUGAAGGUUCUUUGUUGGUUAAUGGUAAUCAAAGACAAUAUGGUACUAAUUAA